AUGACUCAACCAGUGAUUGAUAUCCUAGAAGGAGCUCGGGCACAUCGACAGCUUGACGGAUUUGAUGGCGGUCGAGACGGUUGGACAGAAGAUAUUAAGAUCUACGCACCGGGAUAUCUAGAGAUGGAGGCCGCAGGUCAUGAGGCCGACUACGAUCACGCACGAUUGAUUGGUCCUGGAGAUGCAUAUGGUAUCCGGAAACGAAUGUACCAGGCCCAAUUGUUAAAUGAAUAG